AGCUCCAGCACAGCAGAUUCAUGACUUAUAAAGGAACAGCACAGGUGAGCACUGCUUACCUCUCCCAGACCCGCUGAGACAGCAGACGAUGAAUCUUGCAGGAGUUUCAAUCUCAGCUGCUUUAAAUCAAAUAUCCUGGGUCAGCAGCACUGUUGAGCAAGUAUCCCGGAGCAUGGGCACUUGGAGAAAUGUCAGCAUUCAAAUCAUUAAUUACAGCGAUAAGUACAUCUUAACAAAUCCAAGGACCUACACCUACAGCGGACACUGUCACAACCCUCCACAGCCUACCAUCACAAGAAAGAAACAGGAAGCAUGCUCAUUUUCCAAAACUGACUACGCAUCUUGUGGUUCUGUUGGGGUCUUGACGUACAACAUCCUCAUUAAUGAAACAAACCAUGUUGGUGAACUGGCCAUCAUGUUCUCUGUGCCUUUUUCCUACAGCUUGUACGAAAACUGGUUUGCUCUUGGCAUUUAUGAACGAGGCAUUUCAUGUGAUCAUAAUCUAUUCAACCAGAUGUAUUAUAAACACAGUGGUCCUUUUAGAAGAGAGAAAGGUACAGGGAGCUUCAAUACAUAUUCUGGAAAAGGAGUUCUGGUGAAGGGAACAAUGUCUGCUUUUGGCCAGUCGAUCAUUAAGGUUGAAUUGUGGGAUGAGGGUCAUGCUGCCUUGUACUAAAACUGAAGAGGCAAACUGACCCGGGUCAGUACAGUGCAAAAGUCUUAGGCCAUCUAAGUUCUCCUGGAGGAAGUCCAGCAUUAAAACUUCCCAUCCAAUACAUAGUUUAUCUAAUUAAAUUCAGUCAGGUGAUGGAAUUCAAUAGAUCCAUGUGAUGAGCCAACCCUGAGUUCUCUGUUUUCGUCUUACCUGCAUAAUAAUAACUGAAAAGAACACAUUUUGAAUGUUUAUUCAUAUCCUGUAUCCUGUAUCCUGCCUUCCGCCCGAUGACCGCUG